UUGUAUCUUUCAUUACAUCAGGUCAUAUAUACUUUUCCAGUGGAGAAAAUCAGGUUUUUUGAUUUUCAGUUUGUGCCACGAAAAGCUUCAGAUACAACAACGGGCGUGGGCUCGCCUGUAGAAGCUGCGCCUUCAGCCUCAUCUGCAGCAAGUAAGGAUUACGCACAGCCAAGUACUUCCGGUGAGCAGCAAAAAUUCUUAUCCGGCCAAGCUCCUCAGCUGCAACAGUUUGCUACAAUGCCCGGCAAUCCAGCCGUUGCUGUCUGUAAUCCGGUGUCAUCUAUGUCUGGUUCCUCGACUUUGCCGCAUUCGAUGACUUGGGCACCACAGAUAACUGCCGGUCAGUUCCAGUCAAUGCAAUCACUCGAUCAGCGUGGCCUGCCGGCUAUAUCUUAUUAUCCUAUCGGACUUCCUUGA